CCAUAUUGCCUCAAUACCUAUUAAGCAUAAAAAAUGUUCAAACUUUUCUAAAAUGGAAGAAGCUUCACGUGGCUGUGGUUGUAAUGGCUUUGAUAGUGAUUUGUGCAUCUAGUUCAGGAGCCAACUAUGACCAUCAUCACUACUACAGUUCGCUGUUCAAUAGAUGCCACAAACAUUUCUCCAGGUGCAAACAAAACAAAAGACGCAGGAGACGCCGACGUCGACAUCAACAUUGUAAAGCUUACAGACCGCAGCAUUACUUCUACACAACUCUGAUACAGUGUGUUAAACGACAAAAAGCCAAAAAGUUGCAUAAAAAGUUCGUUAAUAAAUUGCAUACAAAAUCGGUCAAGCUACUAACGCCCACAACGACAACAACAACAACGUAUGAGUAUUCCUUAGCACCCACAGCGCCAUCAACGAAAACUCAAAUGGUACGCUCCAUAAAGCGGGUGAGAGGUUCAAAGCCAAAUAUUGUCUGGUUACUCAUUGGGCUGAUAUGGUUCGAAGGACCAAAGAUUGUAAAUUGCAAUAUUAUUAUAAACUAUCAAAACCAACAACAGCACGAACAACAGCACCAGCAACACCAACAAACCGGCAAUGGCCAAAAGGAGACAACAACUAAUAGCGUUAAUUCAAAUUUUGAAUAUAAAAUGGAAAAUUUCAAUCAAAUGAAGACUAAAACCAGUAACAAUAAUAGUAAUAGCAACAACAACAACAACAAUAAUAAUAAUAAUAAUAAUAGUAGUAGUAAUAAUAACAAAAACAAAAAUAAAAACAGCAGUAAUAAUAACAAUAAUAAUAAUAAUAGCAAUAAUACUAAUAAUAGCAAUAGGAGCUCCACCAGCAGCAGCAACAUCCAUUUAUCUGUUAAUUUAAUUCCUAUUAUUAACACUAUACAUUUUAAACAUUAUUGCAAUAGUAAUUAUCAUCAUAAACUCAUACGAUCAUCGCAACGUGUUCAACGUGCCUUAAAAUCAAAUCCCAGUUUGGAUACUAGUAUAACUUCAAGUGCCUCCCUAAAUUACAAUAACAUUAACGAUGAUUUGGACUCGGAACAGGUGCCGUCAUCAUCAUUUCAAACCAUCAACGAAGAAAGUCAUGUCCAAAGCGAUCUUAUGCGUUUGGAAUCAAUUAAGCAUCAAAUUUUAUUCAAAUUGGGCCUAUCGCGAAAGCCAAACGUAUCGCAUCCGUUGCCAAAACAAUUUAUAUGGGACACAAUAUAUAGAGCGGAUGGUAUAAAAAGUUUUCACGAGUUCUCCAACACAAACAAUUUCCAAGAUCAUCAUCACUUUAUGCCACACCGGAAUUACCCAUAUUGGCCGGCCAAACCAGAUAAAGGUGAUUCCAAUGUAGUGUCCGUGCCUCAUCAACAGCUACAACAGCAACAACACCGAGAAGAUCAUUCGAAAGAUGCAGCUGAAGAUUUGGAAAAUGGCAUAGACAAUAUUAAACGAUCGCUGGAGAGCAGUAAUGUUGGGCGUAAUAAUUAUAGCAAAUAUAAACAACAACAGCAGCAGCUGGAGCAAACUGCACUUCCUAAACACUACAACAACGUUAUCAACAACUAUCAGAAAGGUCCAACAGCAAAAAACUUGAAUCAACAUCUUUCAUACACAACAACAACAAAUCGAAACAAACUAAUAAAUCACACAAACAAAACGGUCAAUAAUUUUACAAUAUUGAAACAAACCAAACACCAACAAUUUCAUAAAAAUUCACAACACUCAACAACAACAACAGCUAAAAAAACAACAAUACACCAACAACAACAGAAUCGAAGACAACAUGAACCAAUUAACCAAUACACGAACAAUAAUAGCAACAAAAACAAAAACAAUAUUCAAAAUCAAAAUAAUGAAAAUAGUAAUAAUAACAAUAAAAACAAUGAUAAUAAUGAUAACAAUGUUAAUAAUAGUAACAACAAGAACAACCGCAACCACAACCACAACAGCAACAGCAACAACAACAACAACAUUAUUAUGGUACAAAAACACCUUCGCAACAACAAUAAAUAUAUUGAAGAAGCAAAAAAGUUUACAUAUCUAACGGAUAUCAACAGUAGUGAUGAUAGUUUAAACAGUAUGGAGUAUCAUAAUCCCGACGACUUUGAUGACAAUAAUAGCAUAGUAAGAAAGCAAAAACAACAUGAACAGCAAUUGCAGCAACUGCAGCAAAAACAACACAAUGCUCUGAAUGAAAAAACUUCCGAAAAUAAGCAUAAUUUCAAUAUCGAUACUAACGAUGAUGAAGGUGUCCUGGGUAUUGAUGUAAAUGCUGAUCCUGAUAUUAUUCACCCCAUUGAAAAUGAUGUGAACGAUGAUGAUGAUGGAGAUCGUUAUAAUUAUCAUAAUCAACAACAGCAACAGCAACAACAUCAUCUUCAUCGCCAUGAAAACUAUUUUCCAAAAUUGGAUACUUUCGAUGAGAAUGACGACUUCUUCGGUAGUACACAGGAGAUAAUAACUUUUGCUGAAAAAGGAAAAAUGUAUAAGAACCACCGUUUGGUUGAAUUUUCCCAUCAAACCAACGAAAAACCAAAACAAAAGCUUCAUGUACGCAAUGCUGAGAUACACAUACGCAUCGAUAAAAUCUCAAUAAAAAAUAAAUCCAGAGCAGGCUCAGGAAUAAAACGCAAAAGACUGAAAAUAUGGAUAUUUCAGUUGAUUGAAAACAAUUACACUUACAAGGGUUUUGAUCAUGUGGCUCAAUUUUGUGCAUCAUUUGAGGUUGAUACGUCCCGUUUAGGAUGGAAAAAAUUUGAUAUAACAACAACUGUGAAGGAAUGGUAUUCACGAAGAGAAGGAGAAAAACUGCGAUUGCUCAUAGAUUGUACAGGUUGUGGAAAGAUGUACACGGUGCAUAUGUUUAAUGGCAAUACCGCCAAAGCGGAUACAAGUGUUAGGGAACGUCGAAUAGCCGACGAAAGGAGUAAUGCGAAUAUGAAUGAAAUCAAUAGUAAACAUUUUUACAACGUCUCUCAUAAUUACGAGAACUACACUAAUUUUCAAUAUAAUCACACAAUAGUAGUAACGGAAAAAGACGGCAUCACGAGAAGAAACCCAGCAAAUCCAGAUGAAGAAGAUCUGCUGAAUUCAAGUCGUCCAUUUUUAGUUCUGCACACCGAAGCUAGAAGACAGCGUCGUGUACGCCGACGUGCUAUAAAUUGUAACGGAGCCUUACAUGGCCAAUGUUGCAAAGAGUCGUUUUAUGUGUCUUUUAAAGCCCUUGGAUGGGAUGACUGGAUCAUAGCACCUCGUGGAUAUUUUGCCAAUUAUUGUCGUGGCGAUUGCACUGGGCCCUAUCGAACACCAGACACUUUUCAAACAUUCCAUGCCCACUUUAUUGAAGAAUAUCGUAAAAUGGGCCUCCUAAAUGGUAUGCAACCCUGCUGUGCACCCAUAAAAUUCUCAAGCAUGUCACUUAUAUAUUAUGGCGACGAGGGAAUCAUAAAAAGAGAUCUACCCAAAAUGGUGGUCGAUGAAUGCGGGUGUCCAUGAUAUUGGUACUUUAAAAAAAAACUAAUGCAAUUACUGCUUAUACCUUUACUCACAUAAUAUAAGACUCUUUCUUAUUUACGACUAUAUUUCAUCUAUUAAACCGAUCAUCACAAUAUGUACAUCCGAACAGGUGCCACACACAUAAGUUACAGCAAAAAUAUACCGUCUCAACUAAUAGUUCCACUGGGCAGCUCCAAAUUAUCCGGCCUACCAAUGGCUUAAGCGACUAAAAACAAAAUAUGUAUGAACUCUACAUAACUACUUACUAAUAUUGUUAAUGUAAUAGUACUUAAUUACCAGAGUGUGAUUUUUUUUAUUUUAUUUAUUAAUUGUAUAUCUUUUUUUUAUAUAUAUAUGUAUAUUUUAUUUUUUUGUUAAUUCGAAACCGUGUAAUUUUGUAUAAUAAACUAUUAAAAAUAAUAUUCCCUCUA